AUAGGAAGUGUUUAGAGGAAAAUAAAGAGAGAAUAAGAAGAUUCGAGAAGAGAAGUUUCCCACCCUCAUUUGCUAGAUUGUGCUAAGGCGAUAGACUAUACUCAUGAAACCCUGUCCAACCUCUACCUUCUAGUGUUAUGUAGUAAGUAUCAACCAAGUUCUAGCCCUGGUCGGGAUCACAACCAGAGCCAAGGCUACACCGAGUAUUACGGUUACAGUGAUUGAAAGGGUACCAGGAGACAUCACAAUAAUAUACUAAAUAAUAGCCUGCUUUAGUCUGCUCCGUCAAUUUCUCUUUGCUAGAUUACACUCCAGGGACGCUUUGGCUUGACUGCGAGCUACAGGUUGGAAGCGAAUAACAUCUCCAACAUGAUGCUAGACACACGGGCUCUCUCCCUCUUUCUCUCUCUCCGUUUCCUUUUAAUUUUCUUUGGACACUCGAAAAACUAUUUACACCAUGUUCUUUCGCUUCCACAUUCCUGGCCUUGGUUUUCAGUUCCGUUUCACAAUGCCUACAUCGCGACAGCUACUCCUUGCCGAUGCAAGCAUUUAGGGACGGUUUUCAGUGUAUCCGCUUGCAACCAGUAUGACCUUUCCUUUACAGUUAUGAUUCCUGUACCGGACGUACUUAUUAAAUUUCUUCUCUGGUCUACUAACAUUGCGCUCCGCCGCGCAGGGGGGAUGACGGAAGCCGGCAUUAUUACGACAUGCAUCCCUACUCUGUACCGUAUCAUGAGCAGCCUGGCCCUUGGAGUGAACAGAGCUCAUAUCCCCGAGGAGUUAGAGCUGAUCUCAUCGAAGAAAUGUAACUGGGCAGGAUCUGGUUCUCACGUUGUUUCUCCAACGGGGCCCAGCUCCCAGUCUAGGAAAGGAGGGCGGCUCAAGGCCCUCCACUAUCCUCGAGAAGUCGGUGAGAGAGAAAACAAGAGAGCCGUACAGAAAGAAUAUCACUGUUUAUACCUGUAAUCUUGAUAGGGCCGAAAGCAUGACAAGAAUCACCUCAUCGCAUGAUGCAGUCGCGAGG